CCGCAAGCUACCCCACGUCGAAUCGUCGAUUGGCCGGCCAUGGCUAGGCCUAGCCGCCGCCAGCUGCUCCUCGCGACGCUGUGCGUCGCGGCGUCCCUGCUGGGCGCACAGGCCACCGGCGCCGACGCGAGGACGGCGGCCGGCGUGUACGAGCUCAGGGUGGGGGAUUUCUCCGUCAAGGUCACCAACUGGGGCGCCAGAUUAGUGUCCGUUGUUCUCCCUGACUCGAAAGGGAACUUGGCUGAUGUCGUCCUCGGCAAGGACACCAUCGCUGAAUACGUUAACGACACCUCCUACUUCGGCCCGAUCACCGGCCGCGUCGGACAGAGGAUAUCGCGGGGGCGCUUCGUCCUCGACGGCGAAGUCUACCACCUCGAAAGAAACGAUGGCAGGAACACGAUUCACGGUGGCGGCACGGCAUUCAGCAGAAGUGCCUGGACGGUGAAGGAGUACGUCGGCGGCGGCGACUCGCCGCGCAUCACCUUCUUCUACCGCAGCUUCGACGGGGAGCAGGGCUUCCCGGGGAGCCUGGACGCCUACGUGACGUACAGGCUGUCGAGCCCGUACACGCUGGGCGUGCACAUGAACGCGACGGCGCUGGACAGGGCGACGCCCGUGAACCUGCUGCUGCACGCGUACUGGAACCUGGGCGGGCACGGCGCCGGCGACGUCCUCGGCCACACGCUCCGGCUCUUCGCGUCGCGGCACGCGGUGCUGGACGAGGAGCUCCUCCCGUCGUCGGGGCGCGUGGAGCCCGUGGCCGGCACGCCGCUGGAUUUCCGGGCGCCGACUCCCAUCGGCGCGCGCAUCCGCCAGGUCACCGGCGGCAGGGUCGUCGGGUACGACGCCAACUACGUCAUCGACGGCGAGCCGGAGGGCAUGCGGCCUGUCGCGCACGUGCAGGACUGCGCGUCCGGCAGGGCGGUGGAGCUGUGGGCGAACCAGGCGACCGUGCAGCUCUACACGGGGAACUGGCUGAACAACACAAAGGGGAAGGAUGGCAAGGUGUACAACCAGUACGCGGGGUUCACCCUGGAGACGAUGGGGUACGUGGACGCCGUGAACCACCCCGAGUUCCCGUCGCAGACCCUGCUGCCCGGUCAGGAGUACAAGCACGACAUGGUCUUCAAGUUCUCCUUCUAGGUACAUCGGAUUUUGGUUUUAUUUGGUGCACUACAUGCACAUUCAAGGUCUUACUCGUUAGCUAUUUUGAAGAGGGUAAAAUCUAAUUAAUUUACACCCUCCAACAAUUGUCAGAGUACGGAUCUGAAAUUCUAUAUCCUGAAAUUAUGCGAACUUUAUAACUAUUAUAAAACCAAUAAAAAUUUACCGGCUCCAA